AUGAAAUUCUGCUGUACCAGUGGCAUUAGCUCCAAACAACGAAAAUCAUUGAAUAAAACCAAUGAAAAGAAAAUGAAAAAAUCGAAAGAAAAAAUAAAUCAUUCAUUGUUAUCCUCGUCAUCGUCAUCAUCAUCGAUUUAUUAUACGAACAUGUCAAUGCCUGCAAUCAAGAAAUACGAUAGUGGCUUUUCCGAAACUGCAACAACUAUUUCAUCUUCUACACAACACACGGAAACUUUGUUGGAACACAUCUACUCGUAUGAAAAGAUCUACUAUGAGCAUUUGAAACAAUACAUCAUCAAGUAUUCACGACCUUUACGACGAUAUCUAAAUCCCGAUGAAAUCGUUGAUCUUUUCCAAAAUAUCGAAAAAAUUUCUGCAAUUUCCGAAUCCAUUCUUCGUCAAUGUGAAAAAUUAUUAGAUGGUGAAAAUAUGUCAGAUAUACCAGUGUCGGUUAUUUAUCAAUCAUGGUCCGGCGUAAUGAUUGACUCGUAUAAUGGUUAUUUAUCACGCUGUGUACAAGCACAAACUGCUUUGAAACAAUAUCAAAAUAAGAUUGCCUAUUUUUUACAAAUUCCAAUGGAAUACAUCGUCCGAGAGAUUACUGAAUUUAUUUUCUUACCAGUGCAACAUAUUUGUAAUAUUAAUGAUCUAUUGCAAUCAUAUAUCAUCGAACAUCCACCUGUGACGCACAGCAUCGAUUGGAAGAUAGUCGAAGAUGUGAGAUUGUUAACACGGCAAGCGAAUGUGAUUCUUCAGUCAUCAGGUGUAAACCAACAUGAUAAUACAGUAUCAACAAUGGAAUCAUCCAUAUACUACGCACCGAAUGUCACGUUGGAAACAUCACAAGAUACAACAUUACAAUCAGAAAUUUUACCAACGGUUGUUCUUCAGCGUAUGAAUAAGGAACCUUGGACACCGAAAAGAAUUGAUUUGUUAAAUGGACGACUUAAUUUGACACACAUUGAUGGAACAAAUGUGUCAUCGUCUUCAACGAGCUUCUCACUGGCAAAUGUCGUUCAUAUACAAGAAGAUCAGUCAAAUGAAGAAUUGCGUAUUGUAAUUGCUGGAUCAACAAAUAAAUCAUCGAAAAAUACAUCAGUGAAGAUGAUGCGUUUGCGUCUACGCUUCGAACAUAAAAGUGAAUACACGAUUUGGCUGCACUGGUUGAACAAUGCAAUUCAACAAGCAAAAGAUCAAAGUUGGUCGAAGAAAAACGAACUUGUUAUUUAA